AAACCCAUCAAAUUUUUGAUUGUUUGAACAAAAAAUCACAUUCAUUCAAACCCCCACAUCAUGACACAAUGAUUCCUCUUUGCUACUUCGAUUUUUAUUUUGAAAAUUGCUCCUCUCACCAUAAUUUUUCUCCAAAACAAAUAUGAGGAGUGGAGUUGAGUCGAUAAGAAAUAAAGUGAGAGGGAGAAGGUAAAGUAGUUUUUUGAUUUCAUUCGUCUCUAUUUAUCGAGGUCAAUCACAGCACACUUAUUUUUCAAAUCAAUAGAAGAUGCAAGCGGCGGUGAUGAAGUAGAAUUAAACAAAGGCGAACUCUCUGUGAUUCAUAAACUUCGAUUUCAUUCGUUGAUUCAUCCAUGUGCCAGGCCUGCGCCGCCACGCUCACAAAUGGUAUCGAGAACAACCGUCACAAAGAGUCGGCGCUCGAAUCCCACUCUUCCAUUCGAUCUUGUUGAAGACAUUCUCUACAGGCUUCCAGUCAAAUCCCUCGCACAGUUUAAAUCUGUCUCCAAAUCCUGGAAAUCUCUCAUCUCAGAUUCAAAUUUCACCAAGAAGAACCUUCGCGUGUCAACCACGUCCCACCGUCUCCUCUUCCCAAAAUUAACCAAAGGCCAAUACAUUUUCAAUGCUUGCACUCUCUCUUCCCUCAUCACAACAAAAGGGACGGCCACCGCCAUGCAGCAUCCUCUCAACAUUCGAAAGUUCGAUAAAAUCCGUGGCUCUUGCCACGGCAUCCUCUGUCUCGAACUCCACCAAAGGUUCGCUAUUUUAUGGAACCCUUUCAUUAAUAAAUAUGCAAGUUUGCCACCUUUGGAAAUCCCAUGGAGUAACACAAUAUAUAGCUGCUUUGGCUAUGAUCAUUCCACUGAUUCUUACAAGGUGGCUGCCUUUAUAAAGUGGAUGCCUAAUUCGGAAAUUUACAAAACUUAUGUGCAUACUAUGGGUACCACUUCUUGGAGAAUGAUUCAGGAUUUUCCCUGUACUCCUUAUUUGAAAUCUGGAAAAUUCGUUAGUUGGACUUUUAAUUGGUUGGCAUAUAAAGAUAAAUAUUCAGUUUCUUCGUUGCUCGUUGUUUCUCUUCAUUUGGAGAAUGAGUCUUAUGGAGAGAUAUUGCAGCCUGAUUAUGGAUCGGUGGAUGUGUUAAGUAUAUCCCUAUGGGUUUUGAGGGAUUGCUUGUCCAUACUUUCUAACAGUAAUACUUUUUCAGAUGUCUGGCUUAUGAAGGAAUAUGGAAAUCAAGAUUCUUGGACUAGAUUGUUCCGUGUUCCUUACAUGGGAGGUGUUGGUUCUGAUCCUUAUACAAAGGCACUUUAUGUUUAUGAGGAUGAUCAAGUGCUGCUAGAGUAUAUGAUGAAGUUGGUUGUUUACAAUUCUAGAGAUGGUACUUUUAAGACUCUUAAAAUUCAAAGACGCCGUGAUUGGAUGAUUCCGGAAGUCUGCCAAGAGAGUUUGAUAUCACCUUGUGCUGAGUAGUUAAUAAUAGAAUCUAUGUAGUAAUAUAGAUGUUAUCUUAUGCCACAUGUGCAUGACAUGAGGUUUAUGAACAACACAUCAUAAUUGCAACUUUAAGUUAAUUUCCAUUUAUGUUAUGUACCUUAUGGUUGAUAUGACUUUGUUGUCAUGACUUUUUUGUUAAUUGCAACUGGUAUGUUAAUUUUUAAUUUGUGUUAGGUGCC